AUGCCCACUAAAACUUUAGCUCACGAAUCUGAAAAAUGUGCUUCAGGUUUUAAAACCAAUAAAGACAGAGUUACCAUACUUUGUGGUGCCAAUGCAACUGGACGACAUAAACUACGACUGACUGUGAUUGGAAAGUCAAAAAAUCCACGUGCCUUUAAGAACAUUAACAGAAAUAAUCUACCCGUGGAUUACUAUAAUCAAAAAUCGUGUUGGAUGACACGAGAUAUUUUCAGAGAAUGGUUUUUUAAAAAAUUUAUCCCUCAAGUCAAAAAAUUUCUUGAAGUUAAUAAAUUGCCACCAAAAGCUCUGUUACUUCUUGACAACGCGACUGUACAUAUGGACGAGACAGUAUUGAAAUCUGAAGAUGGAAAUAUUACUGCAGCGUUCUUUCCUCCAAAUGUUACAUCUAUUGGCCAACCAAUGGAUCAAGGAGUGAUCGAGAACAUGAAAAGAUACUACAGAAAAAAGAUAAUGAUGGACUUAUUACAAGAAGACGCUGACCCAAUGACGUUUUGGAAAAAUCUAAAUAUUAAGGACGCGAUUUAUGGCAUUGCUGAGGCUUGGAGUUGUGUAAAAGAUGUCACAAUAAAGCGAGCAUUUUUAAAAAUUUUAACAUUAGAAGAUGUACCAGAUAUGAACGAAACGAUAGUAGAGAGUGAAGUUACUACAAAUGCCAUAGCAAACAUUGCCUCCGAAAUUUCAACAUUGGAUGGUGUCGAUGCUGAAGUAAUUGACAAUUGGAUUCAGUGCGAUUUUCAAGAACACGGGACUGAAACUUUUACUGAAGAAGAAAUAAUUGCACAAUCUGAAAAAAACAAAGAAGAGUCAGGUGAAGAUCACGAAAAAAACAAAGAAGAGUCAGAUGAAAAUGAUGAUAUCUUUGAAGAACACACUUCCAAUAAGAUUACAAAUCGACAAGCACUGGAAGCUUGUAAUACUUUGAUUGAUUAUUUUGAAAAGCAAGAUAUUGAUGACUUUACCAUUUUAAACUUACAAAAAAUGAAGUCGUUCAUUAGACAGAAACAAUUAAAAACUAAAAAACAAACCAAAUUGAGAGCUUUUUUUGUAAAACAUGUUUAA